AUGCGAUUUUCUUCUAUAAAAAAUUGUUUAUCGAAAAUUAAGUGUAUAUCAGUUUUUUCACAUCUAUCUAUUUAUCUAUCUAUCUAUCUAUUUCAAUCUGUUCAUCAUAUCUAUCUAUCUAUCUAUCUUUACAUGUUUGUACUUGUAAAAUAUGCAUUCUUUUAUGAUACUGUUUCCCUCUGCUUGCUGAUAUCUAUCUAUCUAUCUAUCUAUCUAUCUAUCUAUCUAUCUAUCUAUCUAUCUAUCUGUUUUAGUCUGUUCAUAUCUAUUUCAGUCUGUCCAUAUCUAUCUAUCUAUCUAUCUAUCUAUCUAUCUAUCUAUCUAUCUAUCUAUCUAUCUAUCUAUCUCAACAAUAUGUUGAUGCCUAAAAAGAAUCGUGUGGCUAUUUAUGAACACCUCUUCAAAGAGGGUGUCAUGGUUGCCAAAAAAGACUUUACUGGGGUAAAGCAUCCAGAAAUUGAUGUCCCAAACCUCCAUGUAAUCAAAGCACUUCAGAGUUUGAAAUCUCGUGCUUUUGUGAAUGAACAGUUUGCCUGGAGGCACUAUUAUUGGUAUCUCACCAAUGAGGGCAUCCAGUACUUGCGUGAUUUCCUCCACCUUCCUUCAGAAAUUGUUCCUGCCACUCUCAAAAGGCAGACUCGGACAGAGGCUACUCGUGGGCCAAGGCCAAAGGCACCAGAAGUAACACGGGGAGGACCACCCACUGAUCGUGAAUACAGAAGAGCACCUGCUAACAUGUCUGGAGACAAGAAGGCUGAUGUUGGUGCUGGAAGCUCCACAGACUUCCAAUUUAGAGCUGGAUUUGGCAGGGGCCGUGCUCCUCAACCACAGUAA